AGCGCGAAAAAUUAAAAAAAAAUAAAAAAAACAAAUAAACUCGGAAUCAAAGGGGCGCCAGUUGGGAAUCAUCGCACCCCAUUUUUUGGAUCCCCAAAACACGGUAAAAUCCAAGUAAUUCGAGACAGUUGGGAGGUAUGAAGUCUGUUCCUGAGCCACCUGGAGUAGAGGAUCUCAGUACUAGUUCGGAAUUUUUAUCGCUGGCAUGUUCUGUUAAGAAAGUAACACGCUCUGUUUUAAAGUCUGAAAGUGAUGUUUUGUUAAAGCAACAAGAAAAGCUGGUAAAUGGUCAUGUAUAUAGCAAAGAUGACAAUGGACAUGCUUUGAGAUCCCUGAAAAAAAGACAAGAAGUGCAGAAUCUGCCAGCAGUGGAGUUGAGAGGUUGUAACAUGGAAGUAACAAAAGAAAAUGGGACAGAAGGAAGACAUUUCACUAGACAAUCUGCCAGGCUGCAAGCUGGGAAUAAAAAAGAAGAUACUAAAGAUGGUUCCAGUUCAAAAACGAGGAGUGCAUCUGUUGCAGAUGAACAUACUCAUGAAGAAAAUGGUGAUGCUGAGGUUAGAAGAAGUUGCAGGCUCAGAAGAAAUAGAUACGAGAACUUAAACCAGUCCAUGCUGUUCGAUAAACUGAUAACGAACACUGCAGAGGCAGUAUUGCAAAAGAUGGAUGAUAUGAAGAAGAUGAGAAGAAGGAUGAGAGAAUUUGAAAAUCGAAGAGACUUUAACGAUACAGAGGAAGAAGAGAACCUUCCUAUGUAUUCUCGAGUGAAACAAAAGAAUAUUCAGGCAGCAGAUGAAGAUGAAACUACUGAUAAUCAGGACGAUGGUACUGGAACUGCAGAAUCUACUGAAGAGGAAGGUGAAGAGAAUGAGGAAGAUGAAGAUGGAGAAGAUCAUCAAAAACGUUAUGAUUUUAGGCAGAGAAAAGCCAUUGAAAGGUACCAGGCCCCAUUAUCAGAACCCAGACACAAGAAACCCAGGUUUUACAGCGACUCCCCUUCCCCUGUGAGUCGAAGAUAUCGAUUUGGAUCUGCUGGACCAAGAAGUCCCUUUCGGAAAAGAAGGGUCAACCGGUGUAGACAUGCAAUACAUAGCAGUGACUCCACUUCCUCCUCAUCCUCCUCCUCCUCCUCUUCUGAUGAUGAAGACCAUUUUGAGAAACGGAGGGCUAGAGGCAGAAGCAGGACAGUACUCAGAGGCUGCUUAUUUUAUGGCCCACCCGGCACAGGAAAGACUCUCGUUGCUAGAGCACUUGCCAAUGAAUGCAGCAUAGGAGAUAGAAGAGUUUCUUUCUUUAUGAGGAAAGGUGCUGACUGUUUGAGUAAAUGGGUGGGAGAGUCAGAACGGCAGCUUCGGUUGUUGUUUGAUCAGGCUUACUCACUUCGCCCUUCAAUAAUUUUCUUUGAUGAAAUAGAUGGAUUAGCACCUGUCAGAUCUAGCAGACAAGAUCAGAUUCACAGUUCCAUAGUAUCUACAUUACUGGCACUCAUGGAUGGUUUAGAUAGUCGUGGAGAAGUUGUGGUGAUUGGAGCUACUAAUAGGCUGGAUUCCAUUGAUCCUGCACUACGUCGUCCUGGACGUUUUGACCGGGAGUUUCUGUUUAAUCUUCCUGAUAGAGAUACAUUUUACUUUUAUCUUGGCAUCUCUAAAAUAGUGACCUCUUUGAAAGAGCAUAAUGAUAGUUGUAUUUUGAAAUUAUCAUUAACACUUCUACUUGCAUCCUGCAGGAGUGCCUGUCUCCACCCAAUGUCUUAUAGACCUAGACUGCUGCUGGCAGGAAGACCUGGUUCAGGUCAGAGCACACACCUAGCUCCUGCAUUGCUUCAUAAAUUGGAAAAAUUUACUGUACACACACUAGAUCUCCCAGUUCUCUUUGGAAUCAGUGCCACAUCUCCAGAAGAAUCGUGUGCUCAGAUUUUCCGUGAAGCCAAAAGGACUGCACCAAGCAUAGUGUACAUUCCUUGUAUCUAUAUGUGGUGGGAAACUGUGAGUGAUGCUCUGAGGGCUAUUUUUAUGAUGUUAUUGCAAGGCAUUCCUUCAUUUUCGCCAAUUCUUUUACUAGCAACAUGUGAAGUGCCUUAUAAAGAUUUAUCUGAAGAGAUUAAGGCGAUCUUCCUUGAAAGUCACGGCCAUGUUUUCAGUGUUGAGUUGCCCAGCAGAGAAGAAAGGAGGAAAUUCUUUAGUGAUCUGAUCUUAAUCCAAGCAGCUAAACCUCCAGCAUCUAGAAAGAAAGCAGUUUUGCAAGCACUGGAAGUGCUGCCAGUAGCUUCUCCACCUGAACCAAGAAAACUAACAGAGGAGGAGAUGAAGCGUCUGGAAGAACAGGAAGAAAACACUCUGCGAGAAUUACGGAUUUUCCUGAGAAAUGUUACCCACAGACUGUGUAUUGAUAAACGCUUCAGAAUCUUUACAAAACCAGUUGAUCCAGAGGAGGUUCCAGAUUAUUAUGCUGUAAUCAAACAGCCAAUGGAUCUCUCAAAUGUUAUGAAGAAAAUAGAUUUGCACAAUUACUGCACUGCAAAGGAUUACCUGAAAGAUAUUGAUCUGAUGUGCAGUAAUGCUUUGGAGUACAACCCUGACACUGAUCCAGCAGGUCGUUCACUCAGGCACAGAGCCUGUACUUUGAAGGAUACAGCUUAUGCUAUUUUGAAAGAAGAAUUAGAUGAGGAAUUUGAGAAAUUCUGUGAGGAAAUUCAAGAAUCGCGGAAAAAACGAGGUUGCUGUUCUUCAAAGUUUGCACCUUCGUAUUGCCAUGUACUGCCAAAACAAAACUUUUCUUCAGAGUGCAGGUUACCAGAGUCUGACCAUUUGAAUAAAAAGUCAGAGAAUCAUACCAUGUCAGUGGUUUCAAGCACUCCUGUUUCAGCAUCAUCGUCAAGGAAACGACAUAGAAGACGGAGUCAGUGGAGCUGUGGCACUAUUGCAAAGAAAAAGAAGUAUUCGCACAGUACAAAGGAUGACAAAGUAGAAACUGAAGGCGAUAGAGGUGAACAUGAUUCCAGCAUGGAACUCACAGAGGGUGAAAUCAAUGAGGAUUCUGUUAUAGAAAAUGAAUCUGACAGUGCCUUGCAAGACAAUUUUGUGCAUAAUUCCACUUCACCUAGAUCUUACACAGAUCAGUCAAAAACAAAAAUACAGUCCACUGUUAAAGGUAAUGCGGCAGAAUCACUGACUGUACAAGAAAGCUCUAAUGCAGAUGCAAAAAAGAAGGAAACCAAAAGCUGCAAUGAAGAAAACUCAGCACUGGAUUGCAGUCCCCAAAAUUAUUUAAACAAUGAAACAGCUGUACUGCGUAUGACACGUGCAAGACGUUCACAAGUGGAACACCAGCAGCAUAUAGAUGUUGAAAAAGCACUAGAUAUUCUUUCAUCCCAAACUCCUCAACUUGUUGUGGAUCAUGAACGGCUGAGGACCCUAUUAAAAACUGUGACAGAGAAGACUGAAGGCUUCACCGUAUUCGAUCUUGAAAAGGUGUAUGCAGUUCUGAGUCAGUGCAUUUAUCAGCAUCGCAAGAGUUAUGACAAGACUGAUCUGAUAGAGAAUAUGGAGAAAGAAGUUGACAAUUUUCAGAGAUGAGAGAAAACACGGACCUAGUUGUCAUGUUUGGUAUUCACUUUCUAGAUUGUUCUGACAGAAAUGUCCUUUUAUUAAUUUUUGCAGGAACCUAAAUAAAAUAUUUCGCUUGUAAAUGUAUAUUAUUUUCAUAUAUUGAAAAAUGUAUGUAUAUUUUAACGUGUUGGCACUGUAUAGUUUGUGGCUAGAGAGGUCACAUAUAUGCGAUUACAUUCUGCAGAAGGUUUUUAAUAUAAAUAUCUUUAAAAUUAUCUGCUGAAUGUAUGAAAUGUACAUUUUAAUGUAUUGAAAUUUUUGGAAGAAGUCCGUACCACUUUCUUGAUUAGCUAAUGUAUCUUCAGUGGAAGAAAAGGUUUUCUCAAACGUGUAUAAAGGAUGCACUAGAAGGUGGAGUUUCAACUCAUAUUAGAUUGGUUUAGUUCCUCUACAUGGCACCAUGGAAAAUAAUUCUAAUGGACUUUUAAUAAACUGCUUUCAGAAUAUCAAAAUUUUAAAUAUGGAUGAUCAGUUUUAAUGUUUUUUUUUAAAUGAGCAUUUAUUACACCCAAUGCUUAUCAGUGAUGACUGUAUCAUUCAUUAGAAAUUUUGUUCAAAGUUGUUUUAUUGCAGACUGUAAGGAAUUUUCUAGAUUAAGUUCUGAAUGUUAUUUCUUAAUUUAUUUCUUAAUAAAAUAAUCAAAAUGA